ACCCUUGGGGCUGGGCAAGUCUUAGUCUUAAUCCCUCACAGAGCGUGGGGAGGACAGAGUCGCCAUUGCGAGAGGGCGAGCCGGCCAAGAACUCGGCGCCUUUAGCAGAGAGGAGGCAAAGCUGCCACCUGCAAUUGGUCCGUCCUUUUUCCUGAGGAGGUCAGCAUGGCAGAGGCGCGAGGGUCGCUCGAACCGCCAGCUCCGGCCGAGAAUAGUGAAGAAGCAUUAAAGGAAGGCGCGGGCGGCGAAAAUGGAGCGCCGGUGGGCGAAGGAGAAGGCGAGAAGGCGAAGGAGCGCCCCGCCUGCCCCGCAGAGGAGGGCGACCCUCUGAAAGAAGCAUCUGAAGAAAAAAACCCGGAGGAAGAAGGCGGGAGCCGCGGGACGACGAGCGUGCCGAGCAGCGGAGAGACGACCCCAACGACCGAGGAGGACGAGGUUCAGGCGACUUUAGCUCAACUUGCAGAGCAAGUUGGAUCAGCAGACGGCCCGAGGACAGAAGGAACAACUCGCGCGGAAAGCCCCGAGGAAAAGUCUGAGAGCAACACCUGGGACGAGGCGACUGUCCCAGAGGAGCCUCCGCAGCCGGCGGGAGAGUCGGCCAGGGGCCGAAGGGCGAGCCCAGCCGGCGCAGAAGACGCCUCCGAAGGAGAGGAGCCCGCGGAGGAAAGGAGCGCAGCUGAGCCAAUCCCAGGAUUGGACGAGCGCGCCGAGGAUGAGAGAGAGGAAGAUCUGGCGGGAAAAGGCUCCGAAAAAGAGUCUCCUGAAGUUGCUGAGGACGAAGGGCCAGAGGAGGGCGAGGCGGAUAGCAAGAGUCCGCUGGAAGAGCAGUGGCGGACCGGAGAGGAAACUCUGAGGGGAGACAGCCCUCCUAGCGAGAGCUCCGUUGAAGAAACUCCGGCGGCAGAGGAGGAUCUGGCUGCGGAAGAAGCAGAAGUAAACGAGAAAAGCUCACCAGCGCCAGAUGCCAGUACAGGGGAAGUUGGCGCCCAGGACAAUCCUGAGGCGAGCGCCGAAGAAGAGGAAGAGGAGCAGGAGGUGCAGUCCGCGGAUUCUGGAGCGGUGGAAUCUCCGGAAGAGGCUGAGGAACUCAGCAGCCACAUACAGCCUGUUGACGGACCCGCCGAAGAGGCUGAAGAAGUAGAUGCUCCGGGGUUGAAUGGCGUGCAAGGAAGAGAAGAAGAAGCGACUGUAGAAGGGGAGCAGACUGUCCCCCUCGAUGCGCCUGAGCAAGAGAAACAGGAAUAUGACAUUUCUCUCUUCGUAAAAGCUGGCAGUGAUGGGGAAAGUAUUGGAAACUGCCCAUUUUCUCAACGUCUCUUCAUGAUUCUCUGGCUAAAGGGUGUUAUUUUUAAUGUUACCACUGUGGAUUUGAAACGGAAACCUGCAGACUUACAGAAAUUAGCUCCAGGAACAAAUCCUCCAUUUAUAACUUUUGAUGGUGAUGUUAAAAUAGAUGUAAAUAAAAUUGAAGAAUUUCUAGAAGAAAAGUUAGCACCACCAAGAUAUCCUAAACUUGCACCAAACCAUACAGAAUCUUAUUCUGCAGGAAAUGAUGUGUUUGCUAAAUUUUCUGCAUUCAUAAAAAAUACAAGGGAAGAUGUCAAUGAAAAUUUGGAAAAAACAUUGCUUAAGGCUUUACAUAAACUGAAUAAUUACUUAAAUACCCCCUUGCCUGAAGAAAUAGAUGCCAAUAGCACUGAAGACAUCACUGUUUCCACAAGGAAAUUCCUAGAUGGUGAUGAACUCACAUUAGCAGAUUGCAAUCUCUUGCCAAAGCUUCAUAUCAUCAAGGUUGUGGCAAAGAAGUUUAGAAAUUUUGAAUUUCCAUCUGAAAUGACUGGUAUCUGGAGAUAUUUGAAUAAUGCAUAUGAUAGGGAUGAGUUCAUUAAUACAUGCCCUGCGGAUCUGGAAAUAGAAUAUGCCUACCUGGAUGUUGCAAAAAGAAUGAAAUAAAUCAAGAAUGUUCAAUGUC